AAGAAACAUUUGUUAACAUACAAAGAUUUACUUUUUACACUAACUGUUCUUAAUAUUCGCCGGCUUUAAUAUGUUUACCGAAAUGCUAUUGCUUUAACACUUUAGCCUAAAUAUCGCGCAAUACCAUCUACUCGAGUCUGAUUUAUCAGUUAAAUAAUCAUUAGGGAUAUCCAAACACGCUGAAAGCGAAAGCAAGUGUAAUUGUUUCAUUUCGGGUCAUCUCAGAGUUUCAUAAAUCUUAUUUAGUGCUUGUGCAUGCGCGUGGGUGGAGCUUCAACUUCUCCAUAUUCAGAAGUUGGGUGGCUGCUUGAAGCUCGCACUCUUUGCCGUAUAAAGCGAAGCCCUCGGUCUCUUUAAGACAAGACAAAUUAACGACUUGUACAAAUAAUUGGCCGCAUUGCUUCAUUUUUGACAUCACUAAAACAUUUAUGGUGUCCACUGACGCGCUUCAUGCUUGAGACGAGGCCAGAGGACCAUGAUGGAGUACUUGAGCGACAAGUUCUCCUUGAAAAGUCAAGCGAUUAAAGGCAGCGAUUACUACAUGGACCAAGUCAUGGACACUUUAGACAAUGUGCAGUACUACAACAAGACAUCACCUAAAUGCGUCCAGGCCUUCUCCAUGCAAAGCAAUGACCAACACACCAGUAUGGACAGAUCGUCUCCGUGUGACAACCAAAACAGCGUGAAUUACUGCGCUCCUAAAACUGAGGACAGCAGCCUGCAUGCGAUGGAGAACUGCUGCAGUAUCCGAGUCUCACCCGCCACAGCCAGACCAGACAAAACCGACCUGGACGACAUCGGCGAAAAAUGCGACAGCAACGUUUCGAGCAGCAAGAAAAGACGCCAUCGCACGACCUUCACAAGCGCUCAACUAGAGGAACUAGAGAAAGUCUUCCAGAAAACCCAUUACCCAGAUGUGUAUGUGAGGGAACAGCUGGCCAUGAGAACAGAGCUCACGGAGGCCAGAGUUCAGGUAUGGUUCCAGAACAGAAGAGCCAAGUGGAGGAAGCGAGAAAGAUAUGGACAGAUCCAGCAGGCCAAAAGCCAUUUUGCAGCGACCUAUGACAUAUCAAUGCUGCCCCGGACAGACAGCUACUCACAGAUUUCCAACAACUUAUGGACGGGUCACUCUCCAGGCAGCUCUGUAGUCUCGUCUUGCAUGAUCCCGCGCGGUUCCCCUCCCUGCGUGACGUCUCCCUACCCCCACUCGCCGAGAGCCGGUGAGCACGGUUACGUGGGAUUCCCCAAUCACCAGCAAAAUCAGUUCGGAGUGUCUCUCAACAACUUCUUCGCCGAUUCACUUCUGGCUCCUUCAGCAAACAGUCACGCCGCAUUUGAGACCAAACCUGAAUUUGAACGCCGGUCCUCUAGCAUUGCUGUGCUGCGGAUGAAGGCGAAGGAACAUGCAGCCAACAUUUCUUGGGCCAUGUGAACUCUGAACUUUUGAUGUGAACAGUUUUUGCCUAAUAACAAUACAGCCAGUUACUUUAUUUUUUUUAUUGGAACAACAAAGAUAUCAGAAUGUUAUUCUGUCCUUUCAAAAAUAAUUUAAUUAAGAAACCUCUUAAUUAAACAGUGAUUGUUCUUAUUUUGUCUCAAUAUCUCUUGUUGUUGUGAAUAUGAAGGGCACAGAACUUGACAGUAUUAUACUCUCAUGACUUUCACAGAGAUGUUAUGCCCGACAUACUAACACUAUGUCUUUGUGCUUUGCAGCAAAGCUGUUUAACGCUCUCUAGCUGUGUGCCACAUGCCACAUUCAGGGGAGCACUUUUUUA